AUGUCAGGACAGCCACCACCAAGUGCACAACCAGCAAAUGCGCAAGCUAAAGAAGAACCAGCCAUCUCUAGCCAAUGGCUUCUAGACAAGCUCAAGAAGAAGUCCCGUGAAGACAAAGAAGAUUACCUCCGCAUCCUCCGCUUUCAUGUCAAAGAAAGCGCCGCAGAAAAUAGAUUGCAACAAGCACGCAAUACCACAAUCUCCGAAUUCGUACUACAGAAACUUCAAGGUAAACGCCCGGGACACGAUAUCGAUGCGGCGAAAGAUUAUGAGAUGAUGAAAAGGUAG